AUGUUGGAUGUACGAGCAGGAAAAUGUUUGUUAUCAUGUGAUUUGCAUGUAGAUAGAGUCAACACCAUAGACUUUAGCUCGGAAAAUGCGAAUGUUAUGGCUACAAGUUCUACAGAUUCCACUGCUUGUAUUUGGGAUCUAAGACGCAUAAAUGCCAAUAAGCCAACGCCAUUGAAGACUGUUAAUCAUAGGAGAGCUGUGCAUUCUGCUUUCUUUUCACCCACUGGGAAGUUCCUGGCAACAACAAGUCUUGAUGACAAGGUUGGAUUGUCAACUGGAGCUAAUUAUGAGAAUACAUACAUGAUGUAUCAUUUCAAUCGGGCAGGCAGAUGGAUCUCCACAAGAAGGUGUAUUUCAAUCAGAAGCAUAUGGGGCUGGGAUGAUUCAUCCAUCUUCAUUGGUAAUAUGAAACGAGGAAUUGAUGUCAUCUCCAUUCCCGAUAAGAAAACUGUUUCUACUUUGAAAAGUGACCUCAUGACUGCUAUUCCAUGCCGCUUUGAUGCACAUCCAUACAACAUAGGUAUGCUCGCAGGUGCAACAAAUGAAGGCCAAGUUUAUAUUUGGAAUCCUAAUCCAUGA